UUUCCCCAUGACAGACUCAUGAUUGAUGUGUCAUUUCUUGCACCCUGCAACAUUUCCCUCCUUUCGAGUGCUGAGCUCCAAGCAGCACCCGUUCUAGAUAGACAGGAUGACACAUCAAUGCCUCGCUGAUGAGAAUACACAGUGGGUACAUUGCAAUACACUACAAGGAAGGAGAAAACCUACAGUAAGUAGCAAAACUCCUUGUCUGCCUCGCCUCCGGUACGGCCCAACCCAUCAAUGACCGUCCCUCAGUGUUCUUUCGGUUUAAGAUGAGAACCGGCUGCUGAGCAGCACCCUUUCUAGGCAUGGGAGUCCUCGUCUCUGGCGAAAGCAGCCACAGAAAUCCUAUCCGCAUGUAAACUACAUGCGCAUGCAGCGGGGGCAGGCCCCCAGAAGAAAACAGCACUUUCGGGACUCGCGAGCUUUCAGCGAGCGAGGCACGCUCUUACCCGAAGUUCGUGUUUGUUCGUUUGUAAUUGGGGCCAUCGAGACUUUUUCAUUCGGUACCGUCUUUCUGGUGGGGGCCUCCAUGCGAGCUUUGCAUUCACUGGCAUUUCGCGACGGCGAAGCGGAGCGAGUCCCGACCCCCCGACGGAGGAGGCCAACUCAUUCAGCAAAGACUGUACACAUCAAUGCUUGAACAAAGAACGCGAGUGCAGCGGCGGCCUGUCAUUCAGCCCUCCGCUCCCCGUUCGUCCUCGUACUCAUCCCUUUCUCGCUCCCAUUGGUAAAAACGAAGGAAGUCGGCCAGCGAUAUGGCACUCUUCAUGCCCACGAGGCUCUCCUUCUUUGACCGCUUUGUGCGUGUCGGCUCCUUCAGGUAAUGCAGCUGGAUGCCGUCCUUGUCAAGCUUAGCCACCUUCACGGUGUAUUCGCGGUUGAGCUCCUUGCAGUGCCUCACGCGCACAAUGGCGUACAAGGGCGGGAAUGGCGCAUCAUCGAAACGCAGGUCAGAGCCAACGUCACGGUUCUCGUAGUCCUGCACAAGUUGUUUGCAGAGCACGUCGCUCUCGUCCUCCCAUGACGCGCUCGAGAGUGGGUGCCAGCGCCAUUUGCAUUUGUAUUGGACACGCCCCUUGUGGAUCCUCUUCCCAACGAUGGCUUCCACCUCGUGCUCAACGCCCUUCUCAAAUCGUGCAUCCGGCUCGACGUCAUUGAGAUGCGGAUCAUUCAU